GUAGAGGGCCACCAGGUCACAGCCGGCGAUGCUUCACUUACUGCAGCGGAGCGCCUGGAGGUCAUGACUUCGCUGGUCCGGGCAUACGCGCACGGAUUGUUUGUCUCGGGACAUUUCAAUGGCGACCCUCACGCGGGAAAUUUGCUUGUGACACGCAGAAAUGGAAAGGCCCAGUGUGUGCUCUUGGACUGGGGCCUGACCAAAGAGCUGACUAAUCAACGCCGACUUGCAGCCUGCAAGCUCAUCGUGGCAGUGGGCAUGAAGGAUACCAACGGCAUCGUGGAGGCCUUCAGGGAGAUGGGCAUGAACUUCUCGGCAAAUGCAGACCCUGAGCCAGAGCUCCUCCUGGCCAUCCUGCGGCACAUCAGCUUGAUUGAGCACAAGAAGGAGUCCAGGAGGAUUCAAGCGAAAUUCGGUCAGACGAUGGAGAAGGCAAUUUCCCACAAGAUGGACUUGCACACCAAGGUGGACAGCUACACGGGCGAUUUUUUCUUUAUCUUCCGCGUCGCUUCGCUUAUCAAGGGUUUGGCCACGGUGCUGGAUAUCCGAGCCCAAUUCUUGGAGAUUUUCAUCGACGUCAGCCGCGGCGUUCUUGCCGGGCCGCGCCCGCGUCCAGCGCCACCACUGACCGCAGCAGGUGUCACAGAGGCCGGGGCAUAA